AUGCUCGGAAUAGGCGGUCUCGUGGCCUCCCCCACCAUCGACCUCUCCACGCCCACCAAGUCCAGGCCGUCUUCACGCCUCCCGUCCGCCGCCGCCGCCUCCAAGGCCUACGCGUCCAGCCCCGCCCUCACUCGCACGACCGUCUCCCUCGAGUAUGCCUCUCUCCGACACACCGGCCACUGUCCCCUGGGCAUGUAUGUCAUCCCGUCCCCGACAGACCUCCUCGUAUGGGACGCCGUCUUCUUCGUCCACCAAGGAUACUACGCCGACUCAAUUCUGAAGUUCCGUCUCAUCUUCCCUCCGAAUUACCCGGAGCGCCCGCCUACCGUCCAGUUCGUCACGGAUAUAUUCCAUCCGCUCAUCUCACAGCAAGAUGGCACCUUCAACCUUGCACCGCGCUUCAGGCCAUGGAGACCAAAGGACCACCAUGUCUUUGACGUGCUGCAUUUCAUCAAGGCUGCUUUCAAGAAGCACGCCCUAGACGACAUCAAAGACGCGGACUGUCUGAACAAGGAAGCGUACAGAUAUCACGACACCACCUCGUCAUUUGCCGCCCUUGCUACACAGUCUUCCAUGCUCUCGCAAUCAGCAUCAGCCCUGUUCGACCGCGACCACCCAUCCAUGGCAGGCAAGGGCCCGCACGCGAUGCAGUUCCGCGAACUCAAGUCAGAACAACUCGACACCCUCCGCUCCAGGCUCGGCCUGCACGACUGGACCGAGAGCGAGGUGCCGUAA